UUGUUCUUCUCCUCCCAAUCAUCCACGGCGGGGGUGCGUCUCCUGGAGCUCGCGGUCGCGGGCUUCCCGUCCGUCCCCUCGAUGGCGGUCUUGCCAUGGAGCUGCCGCUGUGGGCUCAGCCGCUCCCCCGGAAAGAGCGGAGGUGCACCGGCGCCUUCUCCUCCUGACAGGAGAUCCAAGUACACGGGACAGUCAGUGAGGGCAAUGCCUAUGCGUGUUCUAACAGUUGGAAAGAAGAGGUCUCGAGGGACACAGCUCAUUGUUGAAGAAUACAAGGAGAAGCUUGGUUACUAUUGCGAUAUUGAGGAUACACUUAUCAGAUCCAACCCAAAGCUAACAAGUGAUGUUAAGGUGCAAAUUGAGGCAGAAGACAUGGCUAUGAUGCUGCAGCUGAAGACCGAAGAUUUUGUGGUUGUGCUGGAUGAACACGGGAAGGAUGUCACUUCAGAACAGAUAGCUGAUCUGCUUGGGGAUGCUGGCAACAUGGGAUCAUUAAGGCUCACAUUUUGUAUUGGUGGGCCAUAUGGUCUUGGUGCUCAAGUGCGAGAGCGUGCAGAUGCAACAAUUAGGCUAUCAUCAAUGGUUUUGAAUCAUCAAGUUGCUUUAAUAGUCCUAAUGGAGCAGCUCUACAGGGCAUGGACUAUAAUCAAAGGACAGAAGUAUCACCAUUAGUCAUUAGGCACUAGAAUUGAGUUGCCUGAGCAUUAUGUGGCGCACCUGAACAGAUCAAAAUGCAGGACAUGGAGAUCAUAAUUCACAAACACAUUGGUUUUCAGGUUGGGAACAUACCAUGGAAACUUAACGGAUGCGAUACAUUUUCUCUUGGUGAUUUGCUGGAUUGGUAUGCAGCGUAAUGGAAAUCGAUACUGUGUAGUGCAGAGAUAUUUCGUCCAUCAGUUUUUCGGUAGUUUGAUGUACCCUUUUUAUACGUGAUUGCUAUUCACGUACUGUAUUUUCACUUGCACUCUUAAACUGAGGACAAGGCAAGGGAAACGCUUUUAAAAGAAUAUCAAUGGAGGAACAAUUUACAGCAUUUUCACUCUGCCGCCCCCACAGUGCUACAAGG